UGAUUCAAGUCUGUUUGGCUUCCACAGGGUAGAAUAUGGCUCUGUCAUUCCUUUUGGUCUUGGCUGCAACUGUGAUUCUCAUCAGGCCUGAGACACCAGUAACUAAGGCACUGCAUCAUAAUUCAGUUGAGUGCUGCGGGGACAAACAGAAAGUGAACAGUUCAUGUUCUAAUGAUACCCACUGUGAACCAGGAUGCUACUUGCGAGUCCUUGAGAAUACCGUUUGCAUACUGUGUGACUCAGCUUUGGAUGUGGAGAAUGUAACCGCCUGCACAUACAACUACACUGUGGACAAGAAAAAUCAUACAACAGUAACUACUUUCCUUCCCAAAAUUGGCGGUCCAGGCGUGGCUGCUUCUCUUCUUUUGGGAACCUUGUUUAUCAGCCUAUUCCUGAUUCUGUCUGUUGCCUCCUUUUUCUACCUCAAACGCUCCAACCGUCUUCCUAGCAUCUUCUAUCGCCGCAACAAAGGCUUCAUAUUCCAACCAAGUGAGACAGCUGUAAUGAUACCCUCUUCUUCAGUGAGAAAACCAAGGUAUGUCAGAAGGGAGCGACCCACUGCGCUGUUGACACAAAGUAAUGCCAGCGUUCCCACCACAUCCACGACUAAGGCCUAUAACCUGUAAAUGGAGCAUGGUUUGGGAUGACUGGCGCAUUGAAAAGAGGAAGCUCAGGAAUGUUGUUAGACCCCCCCCCCCUUAAACCAUGUGAAGUGCAAAGAAAUACUGUCAGAGUUGGCCACAUUUAAGUGUAGCUGCUUCUGCUACGUUCAGUCACUGGAGAUGCUAACUAUCUGUAUUUAAUGGCUUUAGGAUUAUUGGGUAUUUUGUCUGUUAUGUCCCCUUUACAACACAACCUUCAAAUUCUUAUUUUUUUUGGGGGGGGGGCAUUUUUUAUAUAUAUAUAUUCCAUAAAUGUCUGGUUAAUUUGUAAUUGUUUAUACUAGAGGAUUGACUCUCAUAAAAACUUGAUGUCUUUUGUGCCAAAAAUGGGUCCCUCUACAACCAAGUUGUACGACAGCAUCUCACAUUUGAAUGAAGGUAUAGUUAGUCAGCUCUCUGCUUUGUACCUGUGAUAUUUAUUCGUAAUUGUGCACUUUUACUGAAUAGAAUCAGGCAACACAUCAGAAGUCCCGCAGUGGAUAGGGACAUUUUAACAAGAGUUAGGCACCGUAUUAAUGUAAGUUUAUUUUUGUGUUUCUACAUUUGCAUAUGUCAUUAUUUUGUGUCCAGUCAAGAUGAAUGUAUUUCACAUAGACAUAAAAAAAACAUUCCUCAUUUGUUCCAUUCCACAUUUAAACCUUCUCAAUUACAAAAGCCAU